AUGGCAGGACUAGUAUUUUUCUGUUUAUCAAUCAGCCUGCCUUACAUCAGCGGUGAUCCUGUAUCAGCUGACAAAUCAGUUGAUUAUGAUCCUGCUCUAUACGAUGAUCUUGCGGAUUACUCCGGCGUUGAUGUUACUAAUGUCGCUGUUGAUAUCGCGGAAGAUCGGAAUGAUUUCUAUCCUCAUAGCCGUAAAUACUACAAUAACCCUAAUCCACCAUAUUAUCACAGUCAAAUAAUAUCUGCUCCCCCUGCAGUUCCUCCUCCACCUCCCCCACCAGUUGCUGUUCCUGUCUACUCAUUCAAGUAUCAGGUUGCCGCCCCUCCAGCAUAUAAAGGUCAAAUACCGGUCAACUUUGGUCAUAAAGAGGAGAAAAACGGUCACCAAACUCAGGGUGUGUACUAUGUUCUGCUGCCUGAUGGCAGACUGCAGAAGGUUGCAUAUACAGUAGAUGGAGAGAAUGGGUAUGUUGCUCAUGUAACCUAUGAGUCAGCUCCUGUUGAAGCCCUCCCACCUCCUCCUCAACCUAGCCCAGUACCUCAGUAUAAUGGCCACUAUCGAGAACUGCCUGGGCCUGGACCCCUGGGACCUGGACAUAAUGGACCUGGGCCAGUUGGUCCUGGACCCGUUUACUAUGCUGAUAUCCCAGUCUAUAACAAACAUAAAAACAAUCAUUAUAGAUAAU